AUGUCCACCUCUCCCGCUGCUGUUCCAACCACACCGAGUCUUCACACAGGAGAGUCCUACCAGGAGAAGGCUUGGAGAAAAUUUAGGGAGCAACCAUUAGUCCCUAUCGGUACCCUUGUGACAUGCGGUGCACUGAUAAUGGCAGCAGUCAAAAUGAGACGAGGCGACUCCCAAUCUCUGAAUAACUGGCUACGUGUUCGCGUCAUCGCUCAAGGUGCAACUAUCGCCGCUGUCUGUGCAGGAACCUACGCAAUGAGCUCGAACGUCGGUGAUGAAACGAGACAAACGAGACAGAUUGACGAGAUACAGGCACACCGAGAAGCUCGUGCGGGUAGGGAGCGAAAAGAGUUUGAGGACCGUCUGAAAGAUGCGGAAAAGCAGUGGAAAGAGACUGAAGACGCUGUAUCACGGAGGGACUUGAACACGAAUAUUGUCAAGGGUGUCUCGACCCCCAACGUGCUGCCAGUCGUUGAAGACCAAACACUUCAAAGUUCAUCGCAGUCUGGUUCAAGUUGGUCAAGGUAUGUUAGGUGGCCAUGGAACGGAUCUUCUACCUCCUCAAACUCAAGUACUGUGGGCGACAAAAAAUCAUCGUGA